AUGGCGGGCAAUAGCAAAAGCAUCAUUGUGACCGGCGGCUUAUCAGGAAUCGGCCUGGCUGAAGUUACUUUAAUGUCCUCGGCAUCCAACAAGAUCGCCGUUCUUGACAUCUCCCCAACUCUAGCUUCAUCAGUACUCAUAGACUUACGCUCAAAGUUCCCGCAGACCACCUUCCUGUUCAAAAAAGCGGACGUCUCAAGUUGGGACGAGCAAGCUGCUGCAUUUGAGGAAGUUCACAAGGAGUUUGGUAGCAUCGAUGUAGUAUUCGCAAAUGCGGGGGUUAGUGAAAUUGGGGAGUUUCUUGAGCGGAGCGAAGAUGCAUCUGCGGGGCCGACGAAGCCUAAUCUGAAGACUCUUGAUAUCGACCUUUCUGGAUUAUUGUACACUGUCAGGUUAGCUGUUCAUUACAUGCGUAAGAAUGCAACGUCAGAGAAGGGAUCUAUCAUAUGUACCGCCUCCAAUGCGGGGAUCUAUGCGUUCCCGGCUGCACCUAUGUAUGGGGUGGCAAAACAUGGUGUAGUCGGUGCGGUAAGAUCUUUGGCGGAACCAUUGAGCAAGGAGGGAAUUCGGAUUAAUGGGAUUUGCCCUAAUGUUAUUCGAACUGGUUUGGCCAGCGAUCAUCUGUUUGAAGCGAUGCAACUGACCCCAAUGCAAACGGCUCUCGACGCUAUCGAGGCAUUUUUGAAUGAUUCUGCGAUGACCGGAGGCACGGCGGAGAUCAGUGGGGAGAAGUUCACGCUGAGAGAGGCCCCGGCAUUCAUUGACGAUAUUACGGCGAAGAACUUUGUGGUUUUUGGCGAGAAGGGGGCAUGA